AUGAUAUACGAGACCAUCGUUGCACCAGUGUUAGCGGCUUCCCUGGGCAUCGGAAUCAUAUGUGGCCAGAUGGGAUUGUUGGGUCUGUCGGCCAAUGUUGGAUACAACCUUGGAUUUUACGGAUUCGGAUCUCAAUUUAAGGCUUUUUGUAAGGCAAAAAUAAAGUAUUUUGAAUCAAGUAAGUGAUUUUUAGUAGUCUCCCUGAUUUUCUCAUUACUGGCGACAAAACAACUCCCUCGAAUGUCGAGUUCUGGUCUCUGUUCAGCCGUAAUUGGAGGUAGCACAACAUCCUCAUUUGCAUUUUAUGCAAUGAGACGAUCAAUUGUAAUAGGAGCAACAAUUGGACCUCCCAUUUCAGCCUUGAUUUACUGGUUUCUAAUUGAAACAAGGAGCGAAAGUCUCAAGAAAUUACUCUUCUGGAGUUACAACAAGGUCCGAGGGAAUCCAGAUGUUAAAUGGGAAAUGUAA